GACGCCAGCGCCUCGCUGCUGGCGGAGGCACUGGGGCACCUGCGGACCGCGCGCCGCGAGGGCCUGGGCCUGGACGGGAGCCUGGAGGUGCUGGACCUGUCGGACAACCACCUCGCAGCGGGCGCGGUCGACUCGAUCGGCCCCCUGCUGCUGGACGGCGGGCCCCUGCGGCGGCUGGCGCUCUCGCACAACAAGCUGCGGCGGCCGGGGGCCCUGCGCCUGGCGGAGUGGCUGCCCUGGCGGAGGGCCGGGUGC